UUAUUCGCGAAUUUUACCCUUCCCCUCUCAUCCGUUCCGCGGACGACGACCGUCGUCGACCCGCCUAAAACCCUAAAACCUAAAAUCGAAAUCUCCUCCCAAAACCCUAACCCUAGAGUCCAUCCAUGGCGCUGUACCUCCUUUACGAGUCAGCUUCAGGCUACUCGCUCUUCCAUGCGUACGGACUCGACGAGAUCGGCCAGAACACGGAGGCCGUCAAAAACUCCGUCCUCGAUCUCACUCGCUUCGGCAAGACCGUCAAGCUCGAAGCUUUCCAGCCUUUUUCUUCCGCCCUCGACGCCCUCAAUCAGUGCAACGCCGUCUCCGAAGGGAUUAUGACUGAGGAGUUGGGUAAUUUUCUGAGAGUGAACCUGCCGAAGGUGAAGGAAGGGAAGAAGGCCAAGUUUAGCCUGGGAGUGGCUGAGCCGAAAGUGGGGUCUCAGAUUCAGGAGGUGCUGAAGAUCCCUUGCCAGUGCAACGAAUUCGUGCUGGAGUUGCUUAGAGGCGUAAGGCUGCAUUUCGACCGAUUUAUUAAGGACCUCAAGCCGGCAGAUUUGGAGAAGGCGCAGCUGGGGUUGGGCCAUAGUUACAGCCGGGCGAAGGUGAAGUUCAAUGUGAAUCGAGUGGACAAUAUGGUGAUUCAAGCUAUAUUUCUGCUUGAUACACUGGAUAAGGAUAUUAACUCGUUCUCCAUGAGGGUCAGAGAGUGGUAUUCAUGGCAUUUCCCAGAACUUGUGAAGAUUGUCAAUGACAAUUAUUUAUAUGCCAAAAUUGCAAAGCUUGUGCAGAACAAGUCAGAUCUAUCUGAAGAUCAUAUUCCACAGUUGUCUGACAUUCUUGGUGAUGAGGACAAAGCAAAGGAAAUUGUCGAAGCGGCCAAAGCAUCCAUGGGGCAAGAGUUAUCUCCAAUAGAUUUGAUUAAUGUCCAACAGUUUGCUCAGAGAGUUAUGGACCUAUCCGAGUACAGGAGGAAGCUUUACGAGUAUCUCGUCACAAAAAUGAAUGACAUUGCACCAAAUUUGACCUCCUUAAUUGGUGAAAUCGUUGGUGCACGUUUGAUUUCACAUGCUGGAAGCCUCUCUAAUUUGGCGAAAUGCCCGGCUUCUACUCUUCAGAUACUUGGCGCAGAGAAAGCCCUUUUCAGGGCACUAAAAACUCGAGGAAAUACUCCGAAAUAUGGCCUGAUCUUCCACUCUUCUUUCAUUGGACGGGCAUCAGCUCGAAAUAAAGGGCGAUUAGCUCGUUACCUUGCAAACAAAUGUUCGAUAGCCUCUCGUAUUGAUUGUUUUUCGGAUACGAGUACCACUGCCUUUGGGGAAAAGCUCAGGGAGCAGGUUGAGGAGCGAUUGGAUUUUUAUGAUAAGGGCAUUGCUCCUCGAAAGAACAUUGAUGUUAUGAAGGCUGCUCUUGAGAGUGUACUGCAAAAUGAUCAAGAAGGAGAUGGCAAGGAAAUGGAUGUUGAGCAAGCAGGCACCGAUGUCCCUGCAAAGAAAAGCAAGAAGAAGAAGAAGAAAUCAAAGAGCGAGGCUACAGAUACAGAAAGCAUGGCGGUGGAUAAAUCUACUGAUGACUUUAAGACCGAUGCUUCUGCUGAGCCAUCAACUGAAAAGAAAAAGAAGAAGAAGAAACACAAAUCCGAACAGGAGCAAGGGACCGUGACAAGUGAUGAUGCAGGGGAUAAUAGUACUGCAAAAAAGAAGAAGAAAAAGAAGAACCAUGAAGUCUCAGAGGAUGGUGAUGCUGAAAUGGCAUCCGAAGUGAAGAAGAAAAAGAAGAAAAAGGCGAAAAAUGUAGAUGAGUAGUUUGAAUCAGUUAUCCUUGAAGGCUAUAGUAUUAAAAUCCCAUGUGUAUUUAUUUGCUCUCCUACUAGAAAUCAUGCACUCCAUUUUGGUGAGAUGAAAUACACUUGCAAUGUUGUAUCAUGAGGUGGAUGUUAUAUGUCGCAUAUUUUGGGUACCCCAUAAGUUGUGUAUCUUGUUAAGGCUCU